GAUGGCGAGUGCGCAGGGUUGCUACAAGAGAACGAGUUUUUUAUUACCAAUGUUUUGUUUAUGCGAAACGAACAUAAUACGUCCAACUAAACAUAAGCUGUCCUGCAAAUGUCAUUCGAUGUAUUGACAGAUCCAAAGCUGUGUUAAAUGAACAUUAGCAUUUGUGACGUUGGCCAUUCGAAUUUAAAAGAAAGAAAAAUAGCCAAAGGACGCGAGCAGGACUAUGAAGUGCUACAUUUACUUGGCAAAGGUGGCUUCGCGAGUGUGUAUAAGGCGCGUUGUACGCGUACGAAUGAAAUGGUGGCUAUUAAAAUGAUUGACAAACAGCUAAUACAGCGUGCUGGCUUAGCCAAUCGUGUACGUCAAGAAGUUGAAAUACAUUCGCGUCUUAAACACCCAUCUGUUUUAGAACUGUACACAUUCUUUCAAGAUGAGAAUUAUGUAUAUUUAGUGCUGGAGCUGGCGCACAAUGGUGAAUUGCAUCGCUAUAUGAAACAACAGAUGGGACGAUCCAUGUCAGAGGAGGAGGCAUCCAGCAUAUUGCGGCAGGUGGUAUCUGGUUUGCUAUAUUUGCAUUCUCAUCAGAUAAUGCACCGUGACAUAUCGCUGUCGAAUUUGUUGCUUAGUAAAGAUAUGCAUGUAAAGAUCGCUGAUUUCGGAUUGGCUACACAAUUGAGGCGACCAGAUGAGAAACACAUGACUAUGUGCGGUACUCCUAAUUACAUAUCACCUGAAGUGGUAACCCGCGCCACACAUGGUCUUCCCGCUGACCUUUGGGGGCUAGGUUGUAUGUUUUACACCCUGUUAGUGGGCCAUCCCCCAUUCGACACUGAUGCUGUCCAGUCCACACUAACAAAAGUAGUAAAAUCAGAUUUCCGAAUUCCACCGUAUCUUUCACGUGAUGCACAGGACCUUAUUGAGCGUUUACUUAAGAAGAAUCCAAUGGAACGGAUAACUCUUGAGGAAGUGCUGCAACACCCAUUCAUCGUACGCUACGAACGUUGUGCCACAGCUGCUGGCUCAGCUAUUACAAAUGAAAAUUUGCAAAGCAAUGAUUACACUCGGCAGCAAAGCGCCGCAAGCUGUGACAGCGGCAUUAUAACCUUUGCCAGCAGCAACUCCAGCUCUUCCCGUCCUGCUGCUCUUCAACGAUCUCGUUCGAUGGAAAAGUAUCCAACGCGUGGUACAUUAGAACGCAUAUAUGAGCAUCAUCAGCAGCAUCAAGGACAAACAGACUUUCCUUCACUUAAGGCAGCACAUUCUUGCAAUUCCUUUGGCAGUGAUUUCAUCGAACCACUUCAGCCACGCCCUUUCCAUACUUCAACACCUCAAAGUGAUAGCAUGAACAUUGAAUGGCAAUCUACUGGAUCCUCUAAAUACAAAAAUUUGCCUCCAACUCCAAACUACACACUUAAAAAUCAUUUUCCGAUGCCCAAAGAAAAUAAUUUCCAAUCUGGCGAAAAUGAUUUCCUACCGCCGAAUUCAAACAGUGCGGGUGUAUUUGGCAAAGCAGUACAUACACCAAAUGUCGCAGAAAACCCCGAACAAAAACCCACAAAAGAACAUUUGAACGUGCCACCUUUAAACACAGAGCGUCUAUUGUCGACACGUUACAAAACCAAAAAUGCAAUAAUGAGUAUUCUGUCGAGUGGUGAAGUGGUUAUAGAAUUCAUAAAAUAUAAAAGUCGUCUACGUGAAGAACGUAUUACUGAUAUAUGCUGGAUUUCCACAGAUGGCAUGCGCAUUACCAUUUACCAACCAGAUCCGGGGCGUGGUCUACCUAUAACUGAAGAACCGUCACCACUGCCAGCCAAGGAUUCAUCCCUUAAUCACGAAGCUUACACAUACAACAAUUUACCCAGUAAACAUUGGAAGAAGUACAUCUACGCCUCGCGCUUUGUCAACUUAGUGAAAGCGAAAACUCCAAAAGUAACAUUUUUUAGCAGCCAAGCAAAGUGUCACCUCAUGGAAAGCAUGGAAGAUUUUGAGGUUUUUUUCUAUACUGGAGCUAAGGUAAUUAAGUCACCUACUGAGGGUUUACGAGUCUACGAUGAAAACGGCAGAUUACUGAAGAAUCAUGAUGAACUAGUGGCACGCAACUUGCUGCAGCAUCAAGAAGAAUGUUUGAAGCAUUGCCAGGCGAUUUGUAGUGCGCUGCAGCUGGCUCAGACGACGGGCAAUUGCUGCUUUCCUGCUGUGGUGGGCAGACGACCCAGUGAAGUGGACGUGGUGCAAGCGCAGUGUGUCACGACGGCAAUGCGGAACACUACAAAUUUGAUUUACUUGACGCCAAAGUCGCAGCAGGACAGCGUCAACUUCUCCAUUGGUACCACGUCUUCGGGCAUGCACAGUGGCAGUAACUUCAGCAACUCAUCAUCGCAACAGUCAUUGGCUUUGCACCAACAGCAACAACAAAUUAUUGCAUCACAGCCCAAUGUACCAAUACGAAAAAUAAAUAUACCUGGCAUCGGUAUCGCUACAGAGCUAUCGCAUGGCAUUAUCCAAGUACAAUUCCCUGACGGAUCUCAUAUCUCCGUGAUACCCGCUCUCCAAGGUGGUGGCAUCACUUUAACACAAACGAAUGGUUUGUCCACCCACUUCCCCCCGCAAGACGAUCUGCCAUUUUCGGUCAGAGAGAAAUUAGCAAAGUUGCCGCAGGUGGAGCGACAGCUGAAGCAAGCGCCGAUUUUGGGCUCGAACGGACGUUAUGUCAAAUUGAAGCAACAUAACCUUGCACAACACUGUGGUUAUGAGGGCAAGCAGGUGACGACGAUCCCACGGACCACAAAUACAGUUACACACACCUCCAGUUCAACACAACAGUAUGCCAUGAAAUAUUUCCGUUAGAGCGUUUAGCAUACGCUGAGUCUUUGAGCUUUCGAGAAUGCAGUAAGUGGGAGGAGCAGUUUCUUAUUUUGAAAUUAAUUUAUUUAUAAGUUUUUUACAAACUAGAAUUAUUUUCUAUCUAUAAAAAAGUUAUUUUUUAUUAAAUACAGUAAAUGUAUGUAUGCAUAUUUCAUAUAUAUGAACUGAAUUACAUGUAAAAUAUUCAUACUAAUUUUUAUAUUUUGUGAAUUUGUGCGCGGUACACAAUAAAGAUCCAAGAUUGUUAUUCCUA